GACAGGGCACAGCUGAUGGUUUGGGAGCUGAGUGGGAGAGAGAAUGUCAAGCUGUCAGCUGAAGUAGAACCAUUUAUUCCUCAGAAGAAGGGUCCAGAAACACUAAUGAUCCCGAUGGCGCUUCCUAACGACAGUGGAGGAAUUAAUGGCAUGGAACCAACUCCAAUCCCCAGCUACCUGAUCACUUGCUAUCCAUUUGUACAGGAAAAUCAAUCCAACAGACAGUUUCCACUGUAUAACAGUGACAUCAGAUGGCAGCAACCCAGCCCAAAUCCUGCAGGACCAUACCUUGCUUAUCCUAUAAUAUCUGCACAGCCACCUGUUUCUACAGAAUAUACUUAUUAUCAGCUGAUGCCAGCACCAUGUGCUCAGGUCAUGGGUUUCUACCAUCCCUUCCCUGCCCCCUAUCCCACACCCUUUCAAACAGCAAGUGCUGUCAGUACAGUUACUACAGAGUGCACUGAGCGGCCCAGCCCCUCGGGCCAGGUCUUCCCAUUGUCCAGUCAGCGGAGCAGGAGCAGUAACAGGGGACCAGCCAUACAAAAACAACAGCAGUUACAGAUGCACAUAAAAAAUAAACGUCCUCCAGUGAAAAAUGUUGCCACUCAGAAGGAGACAAGUUCAUCAGGUCCUGAGAACAGAUCAAAGAUUGUUUUGUUGGUUGAUGCAUCACAGCAAACAGACUUUCCUUCAGAUAUAGCUAAUAAAUCACUUUCUGAGAGCACCUCUACGAUGCUUUGGAAAUCAAAAGGCAGGCGCAGAAGAACUUCUCACCCUGCUGCAGAGUCCUCCAGUGAGCAGGGAGCAAGUGAAGCAGACAUUGACAGUGACAGUGGCUAUUGUAGUCCUAAGCAUGGCAAUAACCAGGCUGCAGCCAUGGCUUCAAGAAACACAGAUUCUUGUGCGAUGAAUGUUGUAGAACCAUCAAUAAAUGCAACUGGUGUAAGUUGGACUAAUGUAAAUUCCCAGGCAACUCAAAAAAAACCUUGGAUUGAAAAAACUCAGACCUUUUCCAGAGGUGGAAGACAAGUUGAGCAAAGAAGCAAUCCACAGUCUGGAUUCAGAUGCAGAGACCACAGCACGUCUUCAGAAAGGAGGCAGAGUUUGCAGAAACGACACGAAAAACCUCUCACUACAAGCCAGUCAGGCAGAGCAGAGCAGAGUCCUGAGCCUCUGUACUUCGAGGAUGAAGAUGAAUUUCCAGAGCUAAAUAGUGACAAUGGCAGCAGCAAAAGUAGUAACAUCCAGCAAAAGAUUUCACCCAAAGUAUUGGAUGACUUACCAGAGAAUUCUCCAAUCAAUAUAGUCCAAACUCCAAUUCCCAUUACAACCUCUGUACCAAAGCGUGCAAAAAGCCAGAAGAAGAAGGCCUUGGCAGCAGCACUUGCAACAGCUCAAGAGUAUUCAGAGAUAAGCAUGGAACAGAAAAAACUUCAGGAGGCUUUAUCAAAAGCAGCUGGAAAGAAGAGUAAGACCCCUGUCCAGUUGGAUUUGGGUGACAUGUUGGCAGCUCUUGAAAAGCAGCAGCAAGCAAUGAAAGCUCGUCAGAUCACCAACACCAGGCCCCUCUCAUACACAGUUGGCAGUGCUGCUCCCUUUCAUACCAAAGAAUCUGCCAACAGAAAGUCCUUAACAAAGGGACAGCCAUCUAUGGGUUGCCUUAAUCCUUUGGAUUCAACUGCCCCAAAAGUGAAAAGAGGAAAAGAGAGAGAGAUUGCAAAACUGAAACGCCCUACAGCACUUAAAAAGAUUAUUUUGAAAGAGAGGGAAGAGAAGAAGGGCCGUUUAUCAGCUGACCACAGCCUUUUGGGUUCUGAUGAACAGAAAGAGGCUCAUAUAAACCUGACUGCUGAUCAGUCCCAGGAGCUGGCCUCUCAAGAAGAAACUGGACUGAGUAUGCCCAGUGAUACUUCCCUGUCUCCAGCAAGUCAGAAUUCUCCAUACUGCAUGACCCCAGUGUCCCAGGGGUCACCUGCUAGUUCUGGAAUAGGCAGUCCAAUGGCAUCCUCUGCAAUAACCAAGAUUCACAGCAAGAGAUUCAGAGAAUACUGUAACCAAGUUUUAAGUAAAGAAAUAGAUGAGUGUGUGACUCUCUUACUGCAAGAGCUUGUCAGCUUCCAGGAACGGAUUUACCAGAAGGAUCCCAUGAGAGCUAAAGCACGGAGAAGACUUGUUAUGGGGUUGCGUGAGGUUACCAAGCACAUGAAACUAAACAAGAUCAAGUGUGUCAUCAUAUCUCCCAACUGUGAAAAAAUUCAGUCAAAAGGUGGACUGGAUGAGGCUCUGUAUAAUGUAAUAGCCAUGGCCCGGGAACAAGAGAUUCCGUUUGUCUUUGCUCUCGGCCGCAAAGCCCUUGGCCGUUGUGUGAACAAGCUGGUCCCUGUCAGUGUUGUGGGCAUCUUCAACUACUCAGGUGCUGAGGACCUGUUUAAUAAGCUGGUAUCCCUGACUGAAGAGGCCAGGAAAGCCUACAGAGACAUGGUGGCUGCAAUGGAACAGGAACAGGCAGAAGAAGCCCUGAAGAAUGUUAAGAAGGCACCACAUCACAUGGGUCAUUCUCGUAACCCCUCUGCAGCAAGUGCUAUCUCAUUCUGUAGUGUUAUUUCUGAACCCAUAUCUGAGGUGAAUGAGAAAGAAUAUGAAACAAACUGGAGAAAUAUGGUGGAAACAUCUGAUGGGUUAGAGACCUCUGAAAAUGAGAGAGAAUCCUCGUGCAAGACUGCAGCACCAGAAAAAGCUGGUAAUGGUCCAGUGGAAAAAGCCACUCUUAAUAAACAACCACCUCUGGCUACAACUGGCACUACCUCAGCAACAAAUCAUGGAAAAUCCACACCAGGUGACAAAGAUGAGGUGAAACCAGAUGACAAUCUGGAAUGGGCCUCACAGCAGAGCACAGAAACAGGAUCACUGGAUGGCAGCUGCCGGGAUCUCUUGAAUUCCUCCAUGACUAGUACCACCAGUACUCUUGUACCAGGAAUGCUGGAAGAGGAGGAGGAGGAAGAAGAUGAGGAUGAUGAGGAUUAUGCCCACGAACCAAUUUCUGUAGAGGUUCAGCUCAACAGCAGAAUUGAAUCUUGGGUUUCAGAGACCCAGAGAACUAUGGAGACGCUUCAGCUCGGGAAGACCCUGAGUGGUGCUGAAGAAGACAAUGGAGAACAAAGUGAAGAGGAAGAAAUAGAGACUUCUGAGCAGGCUGAUCCUGGCACUGAUGGGGAGGAAUGGACAAAUGAUAAGCACGCAAGUAACACUCAACAUAAACCCACCAUCUGCAGUUCUUUGAACAAAGAACACACAGAUUCCAUCUACAUGCCGUAAAAAUAAGCAGGAACUCAGGAACUUUUUAGAAGUUACAUUAAAACUAACCGUUGUAAAGGUUGCAGCCAUUAUUUCAUAUGCUUCAUCUCAACAUUUUGCACUGUUAAAACAUUUAAUACGUGUAUUUAAUUCACAACAAUAUUUUUGUAGCUGUCUGUUACUUGUUUGAUUUCAAAACUAGCUUAGCUCUUAAUCAGUAUCGAUUUCCCAGAUUAGAAGCUGUGUGGAAAAUUUGUAAGUAUUCAUUUGAUCUUUUUUAAAAGAAAAAAAUCUUGUAACUAACCAGCUUUAAGCAAAAUUUUUUAUUUAGCUUGUUUUCAAACAGAUAAGGUACAUUAACACUGACAAAGUACCAACGAGUCACAUUGGGGGUGUGGUGUUAAUGCCAGGCCUAUCAGUGUAUUUGGCUAUGAGUUUCUGGUCCUAUCUAGAAAUAAAAUUCAGCUUCUCUUUCAAGAAAAGCUAGAAAAAGCCAUUUGCAGUCCUAAUGAGAAUUAAAUACUAGAGAAAUUGUGUGUGAUUCUUCUGCUAAGAUAGAUGCAGCUUUUUAGUUGAUCUUGGUGAAUGCAUCGUUAAAAAGAUGCUGAUGGCUGAGAUGGCUACAAUAGGCUAUAACAACUUUGAUUCCAGAAAAAACUUUCAACUAGAGGGAUAUAAUUAAUGUUAUGCAGUUUUUUUACAAGGUGGAAAUACUGCAUUUAAAAAAAACAGGAAAGAAAACAACAAUUCCCCAUUCUCUCAGCAGUUGCUGUCUGCCAAACCACACGAAGUGACUCAUUAACCAUAAUCCCUAUCCAGGGCUUUUAGUAAACUGAUGACUUCCUCUCUCUCCUGUCACUUACCUCAGGAAUGCUGUUUUGCAUAUUAUAUUCUGCAUAACAUUGCAAAAAGCAAGAAUAAUCCUUUUAACUGCAAGUGUGAAUGAUUGGUGGCUCGGGGUAUCUAUGCAUUCCCCUGCAUGCCGUGACCCUGGCCAGGAUGUAUCUUAAAAAUUCUUGCUGAAAGUGUGGCCUCUUUGUCUGUUCUUGCUGUUGUAGCAGUUGACCUCUGGAGUAGAAAAGGAAGUAGUUAUUCUAGGAAAGGAGGAAGUGCCCUGUAGUAUGGGGAGGUAUUUCAGUGGUUUAGAGGUAAGAGACAAAAAUAUGCCCUCUUUGAAACAUACCUGUUGCUAGAGAAUUGUUCUGUGUUUUGUUUCUAAUACUGAAGGGAAAUGCAUUAACUGAUGAAUUCAUUUCAGAUUGAGGAUGGAGUGUGUCUAAACCUUGCAUAUCAGGAGUCUGUUUUCCAUCUUUGUCUGGUAUUGGCGAGGGAUGUACUGAAACUGCCAGCAGCAGGAGCUUCACUGCAAGAGCAGCCAGAGAGUUACUCACACCAACAACACUGUCUUAGCAAACAUAUGUUUCUUUUAAUUCCACUUCAUUUUUCUUUGUCACUUGUAUCAAAAUGCAUGAAAGGUAGGCUGAAAACCACAGGAAAUGGAUAUCUGAGUUAGGUGUUUAGGCCUCACUUAGGAACAUGGGACCAACGUUCAUAGCACUAGUUAUGCUGGCCUUUUAAGUUGCACUGGGAAAAUAAGACUCCAGGUUUAGAAGUCAUCCAGCCCUGGGUUUUUUGGAUGAGAAUAAUAGAAACUGUGUAUUAUGUAAAUAAUGCUUUGAUAGCUAUAGGCAUAGCAAAUGCUAUGUAGAUAAGCAGUGUAGAGCUGCUAGGACAACUGGCUGUUCUGUCAACGUUCUUAGUUCCUAAAUGUAAUCUUCCUAGAUGUUAAACAGGUGUUUCAUAGGAAAACAAAGACUAAGGAAUGAUGCCUCUUGAAUGUUAAACCUUUUACUUGUCUGUAUGACAGACUUCUACUGUCUGUAAGUUUUGAGAGUUUUUGCUUUAGGACAUGACAGGUGUUUGAACUGCUGACGAGCAAAACUCGCCCUUGGAUGUGUAGGCACAGCUCGGCACAGGUGAGAUCAGUGCAUACACUGAGGGCAAAACUUUGCCACAACAUCAAAAAACAAAGGUGUUUGUAGUUUCUCCUUUUGCUUUUUCAGUGCCAGUGAUUCAAAUAACUUUUGAUCUUGAAGUAUUAACAUCAAAGGCGCAUCUUUUUAUAUGUCUUUUCUGAACUUGGACUGUCAUUUUAAAGUUUUCUGACAUUUAUAUCAAAGAAGUCUUGUAAUAUUGAGCCCGCUAUUUAACUGCAAUUUUGCUACAGGUUUAAUAGAGUUCUUGGAGGUGAUACAGCACUUAUAAUAUCUCUCAAUUUGCCAGCAAAUAAGGAACCAGUCUCUUUUUAAAAUGUGGCAGAUCACCCUGAGGGGAGCAAACUGAAACUAAGUAAAGGAAACUGGGUUUAGUGCUUCCUUUUUGAUAAGCUGGGAAUGAGCAAUAACUGUGAGAAUGAAAUUGCAGUUCCUUUGGGAGUGAUCCAUUUGCAUCUGAAAUUAGGGAAGUUCCUUGCUACUUGAAGCACUUGAGGAGAGUAUCUCACUGUGGUAAUUUUGAUUCUAUUAUCAACAGAAUUUAAAAAGAAAGCAUACAGAUGUUUUACAAUACCAAGAUUUUUUUUUAAAAGUAGCUGAACUUCUAUUUCAGUAUAAAAGUGUGCAGUUUAUACAGGUUGUUACUGUCCCCAUGAAAAGAUGUUUCUGUAGUUAUAGGUGUAUAGAUAUUUUUGUUGUGAAAAUGAUUAUUCGGGAAACAAAUCUAAUUUUCUUAAGGCAUUGUUUAUAGAUUCACCACUUUAUCUGGUAAAAUAAAAAAAUGUAUCUGUGGUAGGGGUAGAAAUCUUUUAAACUGAUAGAGGUGGCUAUGUAUACAACCUAUUUAUAUAAAUAUUCUUAAGUAUCUCUGUCAAUAAUAAAACAUGGAUUUCAAAUAUGUAAAAGGGAAAAAUUCUAAAGAACUUCUGUCCUUAGUUGGACCAAGUAGCAGCAUCUUAGUAAGGUUAAGGCCUUGAUCCUUCUAACACAUGCUUCAGAGUGUUAGUGCCACUGGCUUGAGCUGUGGCCUGUUGAUCUGCUUAAGUUGUGUGCAGGUUGUUGUAGGAUUGGAACUAAACAGUGACAGAGGGUAUUGACCUGUGUUUUAAAAACUCAUUAUAGAAAAUGUUCAGUAAUGCACUUGUUAGUGUUCUUCUGGUAAAGAUAGGAGGUGUCUUUAUGCUCAUUUGGGUGGGUGGGAGCUUACACAAUGUGGUUCUGUCGAGUUCUUUAACACAAAGUUAAAUUUUAAUAAUGUUACUUUAAAUAUGUAUGUAAAAAGAGUAUUAUUGUUUGAAAAGCUGCUGUUUGCUGAAACUGUCAUUAAGUAUUUCCUGUGAAGUUGUGCCAACUAAUAAAACCAUCUAUUGAGUUGAUUUCAAUGUCAGCCAUUUAAAAAUUAGACAUGGCAAUUUAACAGAACAAAAGCAAGCCAUAGAAACCAGGACUGGGGGGUUUCUACUCCCCCUGCCACACACAGAAUGUCUGACCCAAAACUUCCUCGCCAAUGAAUGGUAAUGCUGAAAGUAGAAACCCAGUUGGCACAGCCCACCUUCUAAAUGUUCAUAAUAGUUCAUAUAAUUUACUUUUUAAAUAGAUUGUAAUAAGAAAAGCUGUUUAAUCUUAAUGUCUUAAAAUUUAUAGUAAUAUUUAGGUUAAAGCAGUAGAAAAAUCAUUAUAAAAUACAAUAUGAAGGGUUUUGUUCCAUUUCUCUUUUGCUGUAUGAAGGAUAACUGUUCUGUCUACCAUACUUUUUGGAGUAAUAACAGCUUUUUUGCACUAUGUAAAUACUAGUGGGGGAUCCUUCCAUAACUAAUAAAAAUGAUUGUAGAAAUUUA